CAAAACAGAAGAGAAGCUGAGUUGAUGUGCUGUGAGAGAACGCCCUCCUGUUUGUGAGGGAAGAACAGCAGCGGCUAGUUCACCGUUGGAGAGGGAGUUGGUUGUGGUUCAGCACACUCUGCCAGCAGUUCAAGAGGUCUAUGGUCCAGAGUUAAACUGAGACCAUGAAGGGCUUGGAGCUGCUGUUGCCUCUGCUGCUUAUCCUGAAAGAUGUAAGUGCUCAGUGGAAUGUGUGGAUGCCCAGAGAUAUUUCAGCCAUGACAAACUCCUGUGUGGUUAUACCCUGUUCAUUCACAUACCCCUCUGGCAUCAGGCCUUACAGAGGGGUCCAUGGGAUCUGGUAUUUCGGCCACCCCUACCCCCAGCUUUUCCCCCCAGUGGUGUAUAAGUCACGCACAGAUAUUGUCCACGAAAGUUACAAGGGACGGACCAAGCUCCUUGGUGACUUGACACAAAAAAACUGCACCCUGCUGAUAAAUAAUGUUGGCCUGGAACAUUCUGGGAGGUAUUACUUCAGGGCAGACCUGGGUGGUGCAAACAUCUACACUUAUCCUGACUUCACAAAACUACAGGUGUUGGAUCAGCCCAACAUCGAUGUUCCAGAGGAGAUUAUUAGUGACCAAAGCCUGGAUUUGACCUGUUAUGUCCCAGACAAUUGUCCAGACAUGAGUCCACAGAUCCACUGGAUGUACACAGACUACCUGCCCAACCCUCUUUUCACCCCUGACAAUGUUGAGGACAGCAACACUGCGGUACUGUCCAGCACCCUCACCUUCACACCCAAACCCAUGCACAAUGGCCAGCUGCUGGGCUGCCGGGUACACUACGAAAACAUCACCUUCGUCUAUGAACGCCUCAUUUCACUAGACAUCAAGUACGCCCCUCGAACUGUGUGGGUGAAUGUGUCUCAAGAGGUCAUGGAGGGAAGCUCGGUGGUCCUGCACUGUGAUGUGGACAGUAAUCCAACCCCCACAAUAACCUGGUUUUUUGGAGACACAGAGCUGAUGUCGGAAGUUGCUUCAAACUCUUCGCUGCCUCUGGACAACCUAACCCCAGAGGAGGACGGUGUCUAUACCUGCGUUGGUGACAAUGGCUACGGCAGCAUGAACACAUCCAUGUACCUGGCAGUAAAUUAUCCUCCACGGGAGCCUUGGAUCAAUGAAUCUCUAACGGUGUUGGAGGGAUCUUCAGUUGCUCUACAAUGCACCAGCAAAGGUAACCCAAUGCCCACGCUGACCUGGCUGAAGGAUGGGGAACUGGUGGGCACUAUCACAGCAGAGGAGGGGUCUGUGCUUGAGCUGCACAAAGUCACACCUCAGGCCCACGGAGUCUACCGCUGUCUAGCUGAGAAUGAACAUGGACGGGCCAGCAACUCACUUAACAUUACAGUAGAAUUUGCCCCUGUCCUCAUUGACAACUCUAAAUGCACUAUAGUCCGUGAGGGCGUUCAGUGUGUCUGUAUUGCCUCGGGAAACCCUGAGCCUGUGAUUGAAUUCUACCUGCCUGACCUCAACAUCACCAUCAACAACUCCAACAACCCAUUUAACUACCACACAUACUCAGAUGGGUACACGUCCACGGGCAUCAUCAAGCUCCAGGACAAGGGUGAAAGGGGGAACAAUGGUGAUACCGCUGUCCAUGUGCACUGCAGCAUCAGCAACAUGUAUGGCUCUGAGACCAUCCGUUUGGAACUGCAGCAAGAGAAAAAGUUCAUGAUGGCCGUCAUAGUGGGGACUAUUGGAGGUGUGGCGGUAAUCGCCUUCAUCAUUGCAGCUGUGAGAUACGUUGGUCAGAAUAAUAAAAAAGAGAAUGGUAACCCUGGGCAGGACGUGGGAUCUAAAGUGGAGAAUCCCUCAAUGUUCUACAGCGCAGUCAAGAAGGACAAACAGAGUCUCAGGAAAAAAGUGCUUAAGACUGAGCUCCUGGGCUCAAAGUUUAACUCCAUCCUAGAGGAAGGCACGGGAGACGACAGUGAUUACCAAUCUGUUGGCCCAAUGGCAGGCAUGGAGAGGCAAGAGCUGAACUACGCCGCCCUAGAGUUUCUCCAUGGACGACACUUGGAGGGAGGCUUCAGGAGGGCUGAUGGUGACACCAGUGACUACACUGAAAUUAAGGCCAAAUGAACCGCGAUUCUUCCCUGAUGCCUCGGCCAAAUGGGACACAAUGGCCACUAGGGCCCAAUAAUUCCCACUGCCCCACAAAUUUCCUAUUUCACCCAUUUUAAAUGUGGCCUUUUCAAGGGACAACUGUCUCGGACAGUUAACGGACAAUGAGUCUGAGGUUGUUUUAGAUUGCAUUCUCUUAUGUCUCCAAGGUUCUGGGAAUUAUAUGUUCCCUUAUCAGUAAAAGAUACUGUACAAUAGAGUUUCUUUAUGUAUUUAUUAAUGUUUUUGGUUAUUUAUACCCAUUCUUGACUGUAACCAUACCAGAUAUUUAGUCUCUCAAUCAGAUAUGAGAGGUUUUAGUAUUCUCCUGGUUUAAAAGACAAUACUUUCCAAAAGGAAGGGUCUUUUUCCCAAGAGUUACAGUAGAGCUUAUAGUCUGAAGCAAGCUUAAGGGAAAUGGUAUGGUUUGCAGGUGAGUCUCAGUCACUAGUGGUCCUUUUCACUGUGUCCGCUGUAAGUCGAAGCAUCAGGGAACGAGGUGCUAUGUGCACCUCGACAUAAUGUAUAAGCACUAUCCCAACUCUGGG